AUGGCAGAUCCGGUCUAUAGUUUUGAAAAAGUUGAAGAUUUUUACUCAGGUUACGAAUCUUGGUCGAAGCUCGGUAAUGUGCUUAAUCGCAAUUAUGAUCCAAACGUUCGUACACUUACUUUAAUUAUUGAGAAUGGAUAUCCUCAAGGCCAAUCAUGUUGUCUUCUUAUUCAGCUGCUUGGAUAUAAUGUUUUUCGCGUACGCUUUGACCCAAGUAAAAGAAGUUCUGAUGAAUAUAUUAUAAAUAACACCCGUGCAGUAGUUAUGGACACAUGGGCUGAUCUUCAAAAUGAAUGGGGUCAAUUUAUCACAAACUUUAAUGAUGGUCAAGACACAAUUAAUAUUGACACAAUACACACUGAUGGUAUAACGCAAUUCAUGAGAAUUGAAGUAAAUCUUAAACCAUUCACUAUUCGAGUUUAUCGAUUUGAAGGUGGACAAUUAUACACAGUUUGGUCAACUAACGAAGAAAUAGGAUUACGUUGGAUUGAAGUCAAAGAUCAACUCAGUUCUAAUAAUAUUGUAAAUACUUUUAAAAUCAUUCAAGUUGUAAACAAACCUACAACUGCAAAAUUCACAGGAUUUGGUGAACAUGGAGGUGUCGGUCUAUUUAAAAAUUCUCAACAACUCACUUUUUUCAAUUAUGAUAAUUAUGGAUAUGGACAGGUUUAUGGUCAAGGACCUUUGGACCAACGUGAGCCUCUUUAUCAUUCAGACCCUUUUUUCAUUGAAUUCAAUGGGGUUCCCGGAAAACAAUCAGUCAAUGGCAUAUACAUUGAUAAUUAUUCACUUAUUUGUAUGGAUAUUGGUUAUGAAAAAUCAAAUAGAUAUAUGUUUGGUAUUAAAUUUAGUGAACUCGAUUAUUACGUAUUUGCUGGAAAUGAAUGCAAGGAUAUUAUCAGUAGUUUCACAAGUCUAGUUGGACGUUGUAGGCUUAAACCUCGUUACGUUCUUGGUUUUCACCAGGGAUGUUACGGUUGGAUGAAGAGACAAGAUGUUGAAGAUACUCUUCAAGGAUAUCGAGAUAACAAUAUUCCAAUUGAUGGUCUUCAUAUUGACAUAGACGCUCAAAACAAUUAUGAAGUUUUUACAUUAAAUCCUAUUAAUUUUCCAAAUCCUAAAGAAAUGUUUGACAAUUUAAGACGUAAUGGUGCAAAAUGUUGUACAAAUAUUACACCCAUUAUCAAAAAAGGUGAUAACAAUUAUAUGACAUACAAAGAAGCUUUGAUGAACGGUUACGUAAUCUUAGAUCGACGUACUCAAAGUUCUUCGGGAGAUUUACUUCAACAAUACUAUGAGGGAGGUCGUGAAACGAUUGAAAAAAUGACCAUAGACGAUAAUCCUAGUGGUGCAGUCAUGCCAUAUGUUGGCAUGGAGGAUUAUGGUGAUGGUAAUAUCGUCUUGGGUCAUUAUCCAGAUUUUGGUCGGAAAGAGGUCAGAGAUUGGUGGGGUCAACAGUAUGAAACUCUUUUCUCAUGGGGGUUAGAGUUUGUUUGGCAAGAUAUGACAACUCCUGCCAUUGACAAAACCCGAGGUGAUAUGAAGGGAUUUCCUUUCAAACUCCUUGUUACAGAUGAUUCUUUAUCUUCUACAACCCCCACAUUAAGCCCUGCUCUUAAAGUAUGGAACCUCUUUUCUUACAAUCUUCAUAAAGCAACAUAUCACGGUCUUAAUCUUCUUCCUAGUCGCGAAGGAAAACGUAAUUUUAUUAUAGGUCGUGGCAGCUUUACUGGUUCUCAUCGAUUUUGCGGUUUGUGGACUGGAGAUAAUGCAUCAACAUGGGAUUUUUACCGAAUUAAUAUUGCACAGGUAUUAUCAGUUGGACUUUCAGGACUUUCAAUAGUAGGAGCAGAUAUUGGAGGAUUUGCACAGGGUGAUGAUGGUGGCCAUUGGGCUAGUCCUGAGCUAAUUAUUCGUUGGACAACAGCUGGAUCGUUUUUACCAUGGUUUAGAAAUCAUUAUGUAAAACAUAAUAAAAAGUGGUUUCAAGAGCUUUAUGUUUUCAAGGAUCAUCAAUAUGAUCCUGGGGUUACAGACGAACAACGAGUAUUCUACCGUGCUGUUCUUCCUGUAACCAGACAUUAUAUAGAAUUACGUUACAGACUCAUGCAGCUUUGGUAUGAUUUGAUGUGGGAAAAUGUGCUUGAUAGUAUGCCAUUGUGUCGAGCAAUGUUUAUUAAUGAUCCACAGGAUACAGCUCUUUAUAAUGAUAAAAUUGAUUUUAACAGUAAUCAGUUCUUUGUCGGCAAAGAUCUUCUUGUAGCACCCAUUAUGAACCCUGGAGAUACUAGACGAGAUAUUUAUUUGCCAGUUACAAAUUAUUGGUAUAGUUUUAUGGACAGUAUACUUCCAUUAGCAAAUGCAGUAGAAGGUAGCACAACGGUUCGAGAUUUUGAUGCACAUAUCGAUAGUGAUGAUUAUUAUCAUAUGGGAUUUCAUGUUCCAGUAUACAUUCGUGCUGGAGCUAUAAUCCCAGAAAUUCCUCUAGAACAAUGGGUAGGACAACUUCAUGAAAAUGGUAAACCUUGCAAUAUUACGCUCAAUAUUUAUCCAGGAAAACAGGGAAAUUAUACUAUGUAUUUGGAUGAUGGUGUUAGUCUUUCUUCAGCUCCGCCUGAUGCGCCUCAAUAUAAAUAUCUUGAUGCAGAAGAAAAAAAAUGGGCAAAGGGAGAAUAUCGGGAAGUAAAGAUAGAACAUAAUCAGUCUGGAAUUAAUCGUGAUAUCACAAUUUCGAGAGGUAGAGAUAAUUAUACACCUCCUUUAGAAACGUUCUACCGAGUUUCUAUAUUACAUGAUCCGUUAGAACCUCGUCAAGGUUCAAAUGGACCUUUAUU